AUGCACAUGCUGAUGAAAUAUUGAAAUGGGAACGUAAAAUAUUGCAGUUGAACAAAACUGAAAAGAUCAAUGCGGCAAAGAGAUUCACAAAAUUCUUAUACAGACUUAAUAGAAACUCAAAGAGACUUCAGAUGGUUCAACAAACAAUAGACUCCAAAAUCAGUGAAUAUGGGCUGGCCAAUCCUGACAAUAACACGCCAACUCGUGACAAGCAACUGCCAGCUGCUGUAAAGAAGACUGCAUUGAGAGAAUUGCAGAAUGAAAAUAGGAUUAUAGCCCCCAGUUCCAUUGGAAAUUCACUGUUUUCAAAAGAUAGGGGGCCCAUUGUUGAUACCUAUAAGGUAGAACCUGGCAUUAAGAGGCCUUCACCUGAGUGCUCUGUAAGUCCCUCUUGCAACCAAUCUCCUAUCAGUAAUACUGCAAAUGCGCAUCUUGUCUAUGUCCGCAGAAAAUCUGAAGGUGACACAGGAAAAAGCAUUACUCCUGAUGGUGCCAAUGUUGGCACUGAUUGUCUCUAUUCAGGCCAAGUUGGUCGCUUGGAAGAGACUGUGAAACAGAGACCACAGAUUAAAGAACCAAAAGUUUCUCGUUUUCCAGCCUUGGCACCUUUGCCGAGGGCUUUACUUAGCACAUCUGCUAAACCUUCAAUUUCUUUCCCUUUUGGGAAUUCGGGUGCGAGGUUAGCACCGCCAGGACCCAAUAAUCAACAGGCUUCCUCUGAUCCAAAUGGAAUGAAGAACCUGCAUCAGGAAGAGAGAUAUCAUCGAUUGCAGAUGCUUUUAAAGAAAUUAAAUGAAUCUGAUCAAGAGGAUUACACUCAGAUGCUUCGAUCACUGUCCUCUGUGGAACUUAGCAGACACGCUGUUGAGUUGGAGAAGCGAUCAAUUCAGCUUUCACUGGAGGAAGCGAAAGAAGUGCAGCGUGUUUCUGUAUUAAAUAUACUGGGAAAGUCUCCGAAGAAUGUCAAAGUCCCUUUCAACUCGUAGAGAGUAAUCACAGAAGUAAAGAGACAAGAAGCACAAGGUAGUACUAUGACGUUUAGGUUAAAGAGAAUGGGUGCACAAAUCGUGCCAACAUGUUUAUCUCCACCCAGAUUUUCUUCAAUGGUCAUCUCUGUACUGGUAAAAUCAUAUUCUGUAAUUACCUUCUGUACUCUCUUUAGCAUACAAGAUCUUGACUGUAUUAAUUGUUAUAGUUCUGUAAUGAUCAUAGAAUAUGUACUGUUCUUAUA